AUGUUUUCCUAUCGCCCCUCGCACUGUUCAAACGACGAUAUCGAAAGCCAAAUUAAUCAACAACCCAACACGUUGAGAACCAAUAUUCCUGCACGCAAAGCUUUGAGCUUCAUCCAAGUCAACGAUUUACACUACUUUUCCCGGGAAGAUAAAGAAGAACUGGCCAUCCCGAAAUUCAACCUUCAACUCCUCGAAUCUUCGAACACAGCAAAAAUGACCCCGAAAAUCAAAUAUCCCAAUAGGUACCUACCUAAAGAUUCGAGACAAAGUAUCAUUCGAGCACCGACUCCACCCAGAGACCUACAAGGAGAUAUCUUUAAACUAGUAGUUCUGAAAUACAAAAUCGUAUUAUUCUACUUCACUGUUUAUUCAUCUUCCAACUUUUCGAACUAA